CAUUAUUUAUUCCUCUAGAGGUGAGACUGUCCGAGCACCACUCGUACAAUUAUUUUCUAACGAUGAGAUGAGUUGAUCCAUAUUUAGUAUAUUAAUUUCAUUGGAAAAUGAGUAGGGUGGUGGGAGACACUGCGCAGACAUCGGUGAACAGAGCAUCAGAUCCAGUUCAAAAUCAUGUUAGGACACAUUGAGUCUAAGAAUUUUGAUUCCCUCUGCCUCCCCUUCUCUACUUCCUAUAUAUGCAUGGUCUUGCCUUGGCCAAGAGAAGGCGAUCCAAAUUCAAUAGCUUUAGAAAAAUUUUGGUAACUAGAUCACCUAUCAGACAAUGGCUUCACCUGCAAACCCAAAAUCCCACUUUCAUGCUCGCUCUGCGAGCUUGCCUUCCAAGCCUAACCCCCUCAUUUCUCAAGCAGAGGAUUGCUUGAGGAGGAUCAGUAGUUCGGAAGCAGCCACCACCAGUUCCUUUUCAUCGGUGAGUGGCAUGAUAUGCGGUCUCGCGGACUUUUACGCCUCCGUCGAUGACUCGCUUCUCCUGCCACAUACCCAACAGGCCUUGGUUCAAGAGGGCCGCGACGAGGUGCUUGAGAGAUCCCUCGGUCUCCUGGACAUUUGUAGCACCGGCAAAGAUGUUGUAGCACAGACAAAGGAAACUGUGCAGGAGCUACAAUCGAUGUUGCGCAGGAGACGGGGUGAUGAACUGGCACUUAGAAACGAGGUCCAGGCAUACUUGGCCUCUAGGAAGAAAGCAAAGAAGACAAUUCAAAACUGCUUGAAUAAUUUGAAGAUCAAAUCACCCAUCUCUUCUGCAGAUCAAAGUGGUGUGACAAUGGUUUACAUGUUAAGAGAGGCGGAGGGAGUUGCUCUCAAGACGAUCAAAUCGUUGUUGACAAUGGUACAUGGAAAGUCGACGAGCUGCUCUUUCUUCUUCAAGUGGAUGCAUUCCAACCGAGUAGCGGCCGAUGAGAGAGUGUCCAACAGCGAAUUAGAGAUUGUGGACGCUGCACUCGAUGCCCUCCUAAGCCAUAAGCAUGGAAAAGCAAGUAACAUUCAAACGGAACACGUACAGAAAGUAUUGGCAGAACUUGAGUCCCACAUUCAGGACAUCGAAGAAGAGAUGGAGUGCCUGAUCAGGCGCUUGAUUAAAACCCGAGUGUCCCUCCUCAAUAUCCUCAACCACUAGUCUGAGAAGUCAUGAAUCCUGGGAUGUAGAGCAUAUAUGUAGUAGAGAUUUUUGUUGUACUGCUCGUAUACAACUCAGAGAUGCAAAUUUAUACGGAUCCGA